GCCGCACACUCGACAUUAUUGGAGAUAUGGGUUUACUUCGGCCAGACCAACGUUCUAGCGAGUGUAUACUAUAUCAUAUGGGACCAUGGAUCAGAUACCUGGUAGUAUCACCUCUAGCAUAUCUAGAUACUGUCUCUCCAUGGCCUCACAGCAUCCCACGUAGCCGACCCAGCCACGUUGGUGAGUGAGCACAGAUCCUUCUGACAGACACAUGGGCAGACAGACAGACUGGCACUAGAAUUUCUGAGCUGACAUCAACACCGAGGUCACAAUGGAGACGCCAUAGGAGGAAGGCACGCCCGUCCGAGACGGUCCCAUCCAAUCGGCCCGGCGGCGGCGGAAACCAUGGUUGGCACAUCACAGAGCUGAAACAUCGCUGCGUGCAAGCCCGCCCGGGUUCAAGCUUCCUCGAGAUGACGGCGGAGCAUCUUGCGGGGCGGUGUGGAAGAGGGCAGGAAUGACCAGAGAGUGGUCACGAGAAGGGAACUCGAAGCGGAAAGCCACUCUGAGAGAGAGGGAGAGAGCCCGUAUGUAGAGAUGGGCACGGCCACCCCCUUCGUGCAUGAGUGCCGCCCGGCCGGCGAAUAAGCAUGCAACCUGAUAUCUUAACCGUCUUACAUGCAAGGCCCCAGAGAAAAGAGUGCCUGACGAUCCGGAUCCCGCAUUGCCAUUACGGGGGAAAAACCGGAUGGCGGGAAGGCAAAGCAAAGCAAAGCAACCCAAAUAUAGAUAGAGUACAGCUUUUGACAGGCAAACGUUUGUUCUCGUCCAUGGCACCGGGCCUGCGAGACUUGGGCGGCGCCCCCAAGUUCCAGUAUGACGGUAUACUAAUUGUUGCGGUGAGAUGAAGACAGGACCCGAUAGGACGUCUACACCGGGGGAUGGAGGGUAAGAAGGAAAAAGAAAAAAACACACCAAAGGGGGGUUUCAAGCAACCGGGCAAAAAAAUGAAGACUGACGACGCCAAAUGUACGCCACGGCGGACUUUGGAUGCCGGUGAUGGGUUGGGUGACUUGUUUCGUCUCCCUGCCCCCCGGGUUCGACAGCGAACCCGCGCAGGCCAAUAUCUCAACAACGUGAGUUCCCGGAUGACGCGGUCCGUCAGCUCAGCCGCGUCGUGGCUACGUUCUCGUCAUGCCUUGAUCCGGAAAGGUAAGGAACAGGCAAUGCGACCACACACGACCAAGGCGAGGAAUGUGGAUUGUCAGCUUGACCAUCCUGGUAGCCUCGCAGGGCUGAGCCACCCAACGGACCCCGAUAUUGGACAUGAGCUUGGGAAGGAUGGGUGUCUCGCCGCCACGCUACAAAAACAUCUACCUGACAGUCACGCCGCGGUAGGGUGAGUCACCGUGAGUCUCGAUGAG